AUGUUCCAUUCGUCGAAGCCAUAUUCGGCUGUAUCGGUGCAGAUUGAGGUUCUAACUAGUGAACAAUAUGAUGUUGAAGACUCCAGUGGUAUCGUUGAUCUCAUUGAAGCUGUAGUGAUACAGGGCAGUGGCCCGACCGAAGCAAGUCGCGCCCUGCGUAAGAAGCUUAAAUAUGGAAACUUGCACCGCCAACUAAGAGCUCUCACUAUACUCGAUUUCCUGAUCCAAAAUGCCGGAGACCGCUUUUUACGGGAAUUUGCAGACGAACCUCUACUGGAACGUUUGCGUAUCGCCGCUACGGACCCCGUUUCUGAUCCUCUGGUCAAAGAAAAAUGCAAGCAGCUCUUCGGACAAUGGGCUGUAUCGUACAAGAACACACCCGGCAUGGAACGGGUGACAGCCCUCUACAGGCAAUUACCGAAACGCAAACAGCCGGCCAGUCAGGCUAAAGCGAAGGUGCUUCGGGAUUCUGGCACUUCUGAUGAACCUCCAAUGGGCCACACUGUAUCUAUCUCUGCGGGAAAUGGCCCGGCUACAGUCCUAAGUGGCCCUAAACACAAGCAUACUUCCAGCAGAUCACUCAGGAAGGAGAAGAAAGAGAAGAAAGUUCGAGACAAAACCUUCAAUCUGGAAAAGGAGAAGCCAGAAAUGUUACAGACUCUCGCCUCUGCAUCCGUCGCCAGCACGAAUCUCCUCAACGCACUAAAACUAGUCAACCGAGAAACACAUCGGGUGAGCGAAGACGCAGAGGUCCUCAACCGGUUUGAAACAUGCAAGCAGCUCAGGCGCCAGAUUCUUCGUUACAUCCAACAUGUAGAAAGCGAGGAAUACCUGGGCAGUCUCAUCCAUGCCAAUGAGGAACUCGUCACCGCCCUUAUGGCGUUUGAAGUCUUAGACAAAAGCGUGGAUUACGAUAGUGAUAGCGACCAGGAUGUCCUUGAGUCUGGCUGGAGCCCUGACCGUGACGACCAUGAUCUUCAAGAGUCAUUCGCGGGGCUUGUUGUCAACCCCCCCAGGCCACCUCGGCCUGCUCGGCCGAUGAGCAUAUCAAUCCCCUCGUCGUCCAAGCAGCGCGUGUAUAUCAGUGAUAGCGAGUCCGAAAGCGAAGAAGACGAUGAUGAGGACAAUCCAUUCGGUGAUCGCAAUGCCAUUCGUACCCCAAACAAGGAGAUAUCCCAUCCUACCUGGUGGUUACCGCCUCCUCAAGGGACCUAUUUAUUGUUACCAAACACUCAUGUGGAAUUGACUACACGGCCAGUCGGUGAAUCCCAACCGAGCACUAGGAUGUCUCCAACUCAGUCUGCUUCAAGCCUCGCGGCUCAUCCUCAAGAUGCUCGGGGAAGCUCUGUGUCGGAGCAAACACCGCUCCUUGCGGAACAAGGUCUCAAUGUGGCCACGGAAUCUCAGGAGUGCCAAGACCAUCUAGUACAGGAACACACUACAAAAGAAGUGAUCCUGAUUAUGGGAAGUGUAUGGGUGGGGGUUUUUUUAGCUGCUUUAGACACGACUGUUGUUGCCACUUUAACUGGUCCUAUUUCGUCCUCAUUCCAAUCAUUCUCGCUCCUCUCAUGGUUGGCAACCGGGUAUCUCAUUGCUAAUGCCGCCUCCCAACCGCUGAGCGGACGGUUAACUGACAUCUUCUCUCGACGUACCGGCCUGAUAUUCUCCAAUGUCUUCUUCGCAGUUGGGAACUUGAUAUGCGGCUUGGCCCAAAGUGAGGGCGUCAUUGUGUUAGGCCGUAUUGUUGCAGGGAUUGGUGGAGGUGGUAUCCUUACGAUUUCGGUGUUUGUCACCUCCGACUUGGUGCCUCUUAGGAAACGAGGGGUCUGGCAAGGUUUUGGCAACAUCUGCUACGGAGCCGGAGGCGGACUGGGCGGCGUGUUCGGGGGAUGGAUCAAUGACACGCUGGGAUGGCGAUGGGCUUUCCUAAUUCAGGUCCCGUUUGUUGUAGUCUCAGGCAUCCUCGUUGCAGUCAAGUUGGAUCUACCUGUCAAGGAAUCGGGAAAGGCUAAAUUGAAGCGAGUUGAUUUCCUUGGAGCGAUCACGCUGGUCAUCGCCCUCGUUCUCUUCCUUCUCGGGCUCAACACUGGUGGGAAUCAGCUUCCAUGGACGCAUCCACUGGUUCUCACAGCAUUUCCUCUCUCUGCCAUGUUCUUGAUGCUUUUCGUUUACAUCGAAGCGAAUAUCGCGUCCGAGCCUGUGAUUCCCGUUCGAUUGCUUCUCAACCGGACCGUCUUUUCUGCCUGUCUUACGAACUGGUUAGAUGUCAUGGCAGUCUACGGGCUCAUUUUUUACUUGCCACUCUUGUUCCAAGUUCAGGGCUCUUCAGCGACCGGCGCUGGCAUAAAAUUGAUCCCCCAGGCAAUCGGAACAUCGCUCGGUUCGUUGGGGGCUGGGAUACUCAUGCGUGCAAGUGGGCGGUAUAGGCUGUACAGCAUGGUAUCCGUGUCCCUCCUCAUUGUCUCCAAUGCUCUCAUCUGUACUUUGACCCUCAAUUCUCCUUCUUGGCAGCCUUUCAUCUACUUCCUUCUUAUGGGAGUUGCCUUUGGCGCCAUUCUCACCAUCACACUUGUGGCACUUGUUUCUGCCGUGGAUCAUGAACAUCAUGCUGUGGUCACAUCGGCAUCCUACGCUUUCCGCAGUACAGGAAGCACAAUUGGUAUCACCGUCGCUUCUGCGGUAUUCCAGAACAUGCUGAAGUCCGGGCUUUGGUCACGGUUUGGUGACCGGGAGGAUGCGAAGGAAAUGAUCCCACGAAUCAGGGACAGUCUUGACGAACUUCGGAAACUCCCUGCUGACUGGAAACCUGGGGUAUUGGCGACGUACAUGGAGUCCUUACGAGCUGUGUUCCUUACUCUACUUGGACUCACUAUCUUAGGGGCAUUGGCCAGUCUGGUCCUGCCGAGCGGAAGCCAAGUUACAUCCUAA